AUGGCCGACUCCAGCGUUCCCCGCGUUUGGGUUCAAUCCAAUGACAACGCCACCAUUGCGAUCGACCGCCCCGUCGCCGAGCGUUCCAUGCUCAUUCGCAACUUGAUCGAGGAUAUCGGUGACGAGGGCAUCACCGCUGAUACUCCCAUUCCCAUCCCCAACGUCAACGAGGCCGUUCUUCGCAAGGUCAUUGAGUGGUGCGAGCACCACCGCAACGAUCCUCCCCAGACCCAGGACGACGAUAACGACGCGCGCAAGAAGACCACGGAGAUUGAGGAGUGGGACCAGAAGUUCAUGCAGGUUGACCAGGAGAUGCUCUUCGAGAUCAUUCUCGCCUCCAACUACCUUGACAUCAAGCCCCUUCUCGAUGUCGGCUGCAAGACUGUCGCGAACAUGAUCAAGGGCAAGUCGCCCGAGGAGAUCCGCAAGACGUUCAACAUUACCAACGACUUCACGCCCGAGGAGGAGGAGCAGAUCCGCCGUGAGAACGAGUGGGCCGAGGACCGCUAAAGCGUCGGCGCAGGGCUGCAUGUGAUGGACGAAUACCUUCUCACCCUAUGGGCUGACAGGGCAGGGUUCAUUUUGCAGUACAUGUCUUUGAUGCAUCAUGGUGGCGUUGGGCUCGUUUGCUUUUUAACACCUUUUUGAGUUUUCACGAAGCAGGGUUGAUUAUUGAUGGUCGGUGGCUCGGCUUUCCUGAACUAGGGUCUGGUUGUCCAGAUGGACGCAUGCCAACCUGCAGCACCACGGCGAGAUGCUGAUGGUUUAUCAAUCACAAUCAAUGACAGGUUAUGGAUUCAUGUGAUG